AUGUACUUUGUAGUCGAACAAUGGAAGAUUAUAAAUGUGAAGCCGUCGCAGUUGGGUCCAAGCUACCAGCAGAACAUCGAGGAGAUGCUGCGGAAUCAGGUCGAAGGCCACUGUAGUUCGAAAUACGGUUAUGUUGUCUGUGUCAUCCGCAUAAUUAAGAACGAAAUCGGCCGUGUCCAGGAUGGCACAGGCAUGAUCGUGGUGAAUGUGAAAUACCAGGCCAUCGUUUUUAAGCCCUUUAACGACGAGGUCCUAGACGCGGUAGUGACGGACGUGAACAAGCUUGGCUUUUUUGCGCAAGCUGGGCCACUUAAGGCAUUCGUAUCGCGCACUGCCAUUCAACCGAGCUUCGUAUACGACAACGACGCGGCGAAUCCGUGCUACUCUGACGGGACGAUCAGCAUAAAGCCGCAGACUGAAGUUCGUAUGCGGAUUCAGGGUAUACGCUACGACAAUUCUAACAUGUUCGCAAUCGCAACGGUGAACGCGGAUUAUUUGGGAGCGUUCGAAAAUUACUCUAAUGUGUGA